GAUGACAUUUCGCCGUGAGCGAUAGCUUGCAAGGUACCCUGACGCUAUUGUGCUAUAGUUAGUAAGGUUCCCCUUAGCGAAGAUAAAUGUUUCUGCAGAUCGGUAGCUGAUUGGUUGUUGGUUGGGAACCGUGCUUUGUUGUGGGUGGCCAAGUGAACCGGGACUGGUGGAUUGUAGGCUAGAAGGGUCCUGAAGGCGAGAGUGAGUUACAAUCGGAAUUUUGGAGCUACUGGUGCAUGAAAGUCGCCUGGAUACGUGCUCGUGUCGUGCGACGACCCACACGGAGGCGUCCUAGCUUGGCAGAACGACCCUUGACAACGUAGGGAGUUCGGACGCAUUCACCGUGGUUUUUACGACACCUGCCCCUGUUCCAGUUGUGUUGACACAACUAAAUACGUGCGUCCUUCUACACGGCAGCACAAUCGGGAGGGGAAACCUAACCUGGCCGCGAGGUUAUCUGAACACUACGUGCCUCGUGACGACUUCAACACCUUUUUAGAAGAACACACAAUAAGGAAUCCGUAUGCAGUCUUCUGAAGGAACGCAAACUUACAGCGGUUUGUUUGCUCACAUGUUUACCUUGCGCAUCUUUAAGUUCUGACAACAAGGUACUCACGCCUUCUCGGUAGUCUUUUCGUGCGUAAGAAGGACUUAUAGUUUCUUAUGAUAUCCUAGACGCCAUGACAGGCCAGAACAACACCACGACGUCGGUGUCCGGGUGCCGUCCGGACACAACUGGACAUCCAAACAAGUGACCGCUUCAUCAAACAAGUCAGGUACGUCGUCUAAACAGUUCCAACUGAACGCUACUCUUGAGUGUAAACGAUGCCAGGCCCGGGAAUGACCAUGACGAAGGCUAUAAAGAUUCCCCAGAGCAAGGUGACCUUUGCCGAGUACAGUAGGGAGUCAGAGGACCUGAUAAACUUGAGUUCGAAAAACGGCGCGGAGGGAAAAGUGACGGAAAUGCUCCCCGGAAAAAGCAGCUUAUCUCGGAUUAUCCUACAUGACAACGUCAGUCAGAAGAGGUUAUUAGACAUGAAACUUUCCGUCAUCAACAACCAAGAGAGAAGAAACGACAGUCUGUUUAACCACUACAAGAAAACCUUCAUCACAAGACUGGAGAGAAAACAGAAGACGUGGAUCAAGGAGGACAAUUAUGUGAGGAAGAACUUGAGUUUCCCGGCCUUAGCGACGUCUUAUUCGGCUUGGGAAGGAGGAGAGUCUCCUAGGAAGAAGCUUUUUGACUCUUCUUCGUACCCCUAUAACGAACUGUCGGUGACAGUGCGAAGACUACACACACAGCCGGCCCCACAGAUCCAAACAGACCGCGAGGAGUUACCCAGACUCGCCACGGUACCGAUACAAACCAAGCGGCACAGUUACGGCAGCCGCCCGCCCAAAUCGCACCGCGGCGACGACAGCCCCCGCGACAACAGCAAACAAAAUCUCCCCAAGCUUCCGACGAUAAAGUCCACGGAAACCUUACGGGGCGUAGCUAUGCCCACGGGGGAAGGUACAAAGACUUCUCGGCAAAACGGAUGGGUUGGCAAGAAGCUAACGGACAAAGGAGCUUCGAAGAACGCUUUCCUACAAGACGAUAGGUUUGCACGACUAGCUGCCUUGUUGCAACCGGUGAAAAAUUUCCCGCGCUUGGCUGUGAUCAGGGAGUCUGAGAGAGGGGGGAAAGACUCAUCGUCUGGGAGUAGCAUAGUUGACUCCGAUUACAGUUUGACUGGUAGUCAAAAAGUCUUACACCAAGCGGUCAAGCACUACUAAACUGUUACGGUGUACCGUCCAACAUGGGGGAUACACGAUACCGUACUGUUGAUCGUUAGUUGUUUUCUAAACUUCUGCUGUUGCUAAAUUUGUCACAAAGUGAAACGGUAGGACCAGAUGUCAACACAAAGUUUGGACGACAUCUUUUAAGGAAAAAUGGAGACUCAUAUUGAGUUAAAGAACAUUCUUAGCAGUGACUUUAAGAUAAAUUUUGUACACCUGUUCUUUUUACGUCAACGGGUGUCAAACUUUUUGAAACCACUGUUUUGGACUUUCAGGAUGACGUUUAAAACUGGACCAAACUUGAGAGACACGAUGCUCUUUGCCUAUGAAUGACCUGAGUAUGAAAUUUUACAUGAUGCCAAAAGAAAGUUAGAAGACCU